AUGGAGGGCGAACUUGUUUCCACUACUGCACUCCCAACGGGGCAGGAGCACAGUGGUAUGCCUGAGGUCCCUUCGGGGCCUGAUUCACGCAUGACAAGUCCUCCCCACAACAUCUCGACCAACAUCCCCACCGCCAAGGAGGAUAUGUGGCCGAGACACAAAGCACCACGAAAUAAUAUUGACAAUAUUAAUCGAGGGGAGGCAGCGCAAACCAUCACGGAAGAGUGUGAGAGGCUUUUCUGCGACACGUUGUCCGCCAUGUUCCUUGGUGAGAGGAACCGCAGACACCGAACGUCGCUGGUGAUGGGUGCGUUUCAGCAAAAUGUCCGGCCGGAAAAUCGAAAAGUAUUACACCUUCGAGACAUCGAAGCUUAUCUUGAACUAUGGGAUUAUGCCAAUGAUGCCAUCUACCGAGGGUUCGUAGUCGAUGGACGUGGUCAAAGAACUUUGUUCGUCUUUCUGGAUAGCCAGGCGGCCAGCCAUGGCAUCAAGACUGCCCUGCUUUCUCUUUUUGAACUGGCUGAAGUAGAAGCCUUUGAAUGCAGCCAAAUCAUCGCCUGUGUACCACGCUCGGACGAUCCUUUAGGUAGUGGCAUUGUACGAAAUCUAGGGUGGUGUGGGUUUUCCUUGACAAGGCUCGACGCGUGGAUGCCGCCGGGUAGCGGCGGAAUAGCACUAAGCGAUAGAUGGCUGUUCCUAGCUGCUCAGGUAUAA